UGCAAUCACACUACGCGCGAGUAGUACGUCGACGUCGGCGCGGCUUACAUGAGGUUACACAUGUCGCCCGCGUGUAGUCCCCACGUUACGGUGUGUUAAGCUCAUCAAACAAGAUCAUCUCCGCCAACAUCCGAUAAAAGGUCAUUGUUCUUUUUCGUGUUGCGCAUUAUCCUAUUGUGGAGCUAUUCGUGGAAUAUGUCGAUCGAGGCGCAAUGAACAGCUUCCUUUCGAGCUACGGAGCGACCAUUUUGCUGGUUUUGCUUUGGAAAGUGGAAGGACUCACGCUGACUCAGCUACAAAUUCCGCGCCACGUGCUCGUGAAUAGCAACGUUUCGUUGGAGUGUAUCUUUGACAUGGAUGGAGCGGCCCUUUACGCAGUGAAGUGGUAUAAAGAUGGAAACGAAUUCUAUCGCUUCACUCCUGCCAACCGGCCCCAAACACAGUCAUUUCUGCUUCCCGGAGUUUCCGUCGAUCUACAAAUGUCUGGCAGGAAUGUCCUUUUGCUCAGCAACGUUUCGCUGGACACGUCCGGAUUGUACUCGUGUGAAGUGUCGGCGGAAGCUCCAACAUUCUUGACGGUAGUGGCCACUGAAGACAUGCACGUGAUUGCCUUGCCAAAGAGUGACCCAACAAUCACCGGUGCUAAACCGUGGUAUCAGAUCGGAGACAAGGUAUCGAUCAAUUGUUCUUCUGGUCUUUCCAAACCGGCCACCACGCUCGUCUGGUUUCUCAAUGGCCAGCUGGUAGCCCCUGGCAUGUUGCAAAAAUACGACCCCGUCACCGUGGGACGGCACAGAAUGGAACGGAGCGUACUGGGGCUUGAGUUCACAGUUCAACCAGGGCAUUUUAGAGGGGGCAACAUGAAGCUAAAAUGUCUUGCUACUCUCCCACAGUUGAACUAUCAAAGUCAACCCGACGAGACUCCUGUGGAACCGGCAAUAGCACUACAAUCUACCUACAACCAACGGCCACUGGCAGCAGCGAUGAAUCAUGGCCCUUCCAAGGCAGUACCCGCGAUGGCAGUCAUACAUCACAUGGUGCUCCUGUUCCUCGUUGUCGUUAUGAUUUCUGUUCAUACAGUGUGAAUAGACAAUAUGCUAAUAAUAUUAAUAAAAAAGACAGUUUACAAACCUGCAUUUCUUGCAGAAAAAAGUACGACAUCCUUGUUGGUCCCAAAGAAAGAUUUCAAAUCC